AUGACUCGAACCUCGCGGUCCAGAAAGAUGCCUUUGCAAGAGGGGAGGCGUGCUGGUCCGAACACUAGACAAAACAUCCCACCUCAGAGCUCCCGUAAUCAAAUCUCUUCUCAAAAUCUGCAGCAGAACACACGUCAAAAGACACCACUCCAAGCCCCACGGCGGCAGCAACCCCUCCGGGCUUCUCGCCACCCAGCCGCACUCAAUGCUCUGUGGAAGCAAUGGGAGUCGGUGGCUGUGAAUCUUUUCAACUUACCACCAGAAACUGACGCGUACACUGUCUGGCAAGCUUUCAGCAAAGAAGGCCGUGUGUUAUCCAUAGACAUAUUCGAGGACAUACACGGAAAUAAAGAAUCAAAAGGAAAGCUGCGAUUCAAGCCACCACCUCAGAGAGAUUUCUGGAGGGCCGGAACAUACCAAAUUGUACUCCAAGAUGGAACGACGAAAGUGAUCUCUGUAGCUCUUGACCCCAAACAACCCGACAUCCAAGUACAAAGCCCUGUUCGUUCCAGCAUCUCAUAUCCGGCAGAAGUGAUAAUACCUAUUGCUUCAAUGGACAUUGGGGUUCAGAUUGAUGGAACAACCAUGCUGCCGAUGCGUACUGUUGGAGGUGGAAUGGACGAGCAUGUGCAUGCGGUUCUCGACCUCAAACGCAGGGACAUGUUCAUUUUCUUCCAGUUGCCUAUCUUCAACGCUAGGCGCCGUCUGGCCCCAACGAAUGAGAGCUAUAACCAGUAUCGCCUUAGACUCCCCUUUGUUCAAUUGGCUAAAUUGCACCAGAUGCAGGAUGCACAAUCGGGAAUGAUCUCCCACUUGACCUUCCUGGACUCGCCUGCGAUUUAUCAUCGGCGGAUUCAAGAGACCCGGGCCACGUUUACCGAUGAUAUCUCUUGGAGAGACUCAGAUAGCUGGUAUCGGCAAACAUCUGUGGUCCACAACCCUGGCGAGCUCUCCGUCCUACCAGUCAGUCUAAAAAGAUUAAAGCCUGUGGUCGACAUUGGUCGCUGGAACGCGUUCAGAAUAACUUAUCCCAGGGAUAUCAAUGACAAAGGCAAAUUCUUGUUGUUUUGUAACAUCCUGAGGGACUACAACAUUUUCAUUACGAAGACGAAGACAAACUCCUUCUCAGUGCUUGAUUAUAGCCGGGAGAGAGCUCCACCAAUAUGGAAAUGGAUCGAUUACACAGACUCGCAAACGUCCAAAGCAUUUUCCUCGCUGGAAGAACUGAUAGACGAGACAUACGUUCAUCUGCCCUUCCCAGUUCGGUACCAGCUUGAGGUGUGUAUCUCGCAUAAUUAUCUCUCGGAGUUCACCAUGACCCGUGGUUUUGCCAUCAAACUGUCUGGACUCGGGGAAGCAGAAGCAUUGAGGCUUCUGGAGCAUGUAGCCACUAAGAAGGAGGUUUUUCAUAAUCCCAUGAAGAUCUUCGAUCUGAAAUUUGUGAAAGGGGUGACACACGCUAAGAUCCCUUCAUACUGCUGCUAUAUGCGGUCGGCCAGGAUCACGCCCACUACAAUCUAUUACAACACACCUUCGGUAGAUAUCUCGAACCGUGUGAUCCGCCACUAUAUCGAGUUUGCAGACCGCUUCCUUCGCGUACGCUUCACUGAUGAGAAGCUAUUUGGUCGCAUCAAUUCGACCAUGGAUGACACGAUGGAUGAAGUGUUCACUCGUAUCAAGAGAGCGUUAGCAAAUGGCAUCGUCGUCGGUGAUAGACGUUACGAAUUUCUUGCCUUUGGCAACUCACAGUUCCGCGAGCAUGGAGCAUAUUUCUUCGCUCCAUUGCCGAAUCUCACAGCUGCGAACAUACGAGCUUGGAUGGGAACCUUCAAUGACAUCCGCAAUGUCGCAAAGCACGCUGCCAGACUGGGGCAAUGCUUUUCGACCACGCGAGCCAUUUCUGGUUGUCCAGUGCAGAUUCACAAGAUCGAUGAUGUCGUCCGGAACGGCUACACUUUCUCAGAUGGUGUCGGACGCAUCUCAAGAUUCCUCGCCCAGAUGGUAGCGUCUGAGCUCAAGAUCAAAACCCCAAUUGAUGAACCUCCCUCCGCAUUCCAGUUCCGUCUUGGAGGCUGCAAGGGAAUGCUUACAGUUUCUCCUGAGGCUCAACGCCACGAGGUACACAUCCGCAAGAGUCAGUAUAAGUUUGCGGCCGCCCACAACGGGUUAGAGAUCAUACGCUGGUCCCAGUUCUCCAUGGCAACACUAAAUCGGCAGCUCAUUAUUGUUCUAUCCUCACUUGGUAUCCCUGAUCAGGUGUUUCACGAAAAGCUUCAAGCAAUGCUGCGCAGCCUCAAUGAGGCAAUGGAAAGUGAUUCUCAGGCAAUUUAUUGGCUUAAGAAAUAUGUUGAUCCUAACCAGAUGACACUCACUGUCAGCCAGAUGGUUCUUGACGGUUUCAGAAGAACUCAAGAGCCAUUUGUCACUUCCGUUUUGAGACUCUGGAGGGCAUGGCAUCUCAAGUAUCUGAAGGAGAAAGCAAAGAUUGCCAUCGACAAAGGAGCAAAUUUACUGGGAUGCAUGGAUGAGACUGGUAUUCUGAAGGGCUACUUUGAGAAUGUUCCUGCCAAGGACGCUCCUCGUGAAAAGAAACUGACCUCGUUACCCGAAGUUUUCGUCCAGAUUCUUCAUCCCGAAAGCGGGAAGUAUCAGAUCAUUGAGGGAGUAUGUAUCCUGGCCCGCAACCCAUCGCUUCAUCCCGGUGAUAUCAGGGUUGUCAGAGCUGUCAAUGUCCCCGAGCUGAGUCAUCUCAAGGAUGUUGUGGUCUUCCCACAGACAGGAGAUAGAGAUGUCCCAAGCAUGUGUUCCGGUGGAGAUCUGGAUGGUGAUGAUUACCUUGUGAUUUGGGACCAAGACCUCAUACCCAAAGAUUGGUUUCGCAUUCCCAUGAAAUACACAAGCGACAAGGCCCAGGAUCUCAAUCAGGACGUGACGGUGGACCACAUCACGUCCUUCUUCGUCAUUUACAUGAAGAAUGACUUUCUGCCCAGAAUUGCUCAUGCUCACCUUGCGUGGGCGGAUCGUCUUGAGUACGGCGUGAACGAGGGAAAGUGUAUACGGCUUGCACAGCUCCACUCAGACGCCGUUGAUUACAACAAAACGGGCAGGCCUGCUAACAUGACGCGCAGUUUGCAGCCAAAGAUGUGGCCGCACUUCAUGGAGAAGAAACACAAGCCAAAGGAAAGAAUCUACCGCUCGGGAAAGAUCCUUGGACAGCUCUACGAUGCCGUGGAGCGGGUUGACUUUGUGCCUAGUCUUGAAAUGCCCUUCGAUGAACGGAUCCUGAAAUGCCGCUUGCAAGUCAGCGACGAUCUCAUGCAGACUGCUCGAGACCUCAAAGCUGACUACGAUGCCGCCAUGCAUCGCAUCAUGGCACAGCAUGAGAUUAGAACGGAAUUUGAGGUUUGGUCCACGUUUGUACUCAGCCAUGCAAAUAUGAGUAAGGACUACAAGUUUCACGAAGAACUGGGGAUGCUCUCAUUGUCUCUCCGCGGCAUAUACCGCAAGAAGUGUUAUGAGAAGGUGGGGGGCCGCAGCUUUGAACUGCUGGCCCCCUUGGCUGUUGCGAUGUACCGUGUCACUCAUGAGGAGAUGACCACCGCACUACAGAAAUACCGCGCUGAGAAUCCCCAUGAUGAAAAGCUGUUUCACAAGCCUACGCCCAAGAUCGACCAACUGCCUUUUAUCAGCUUCCCUUGGGUUCUGCAAAACAUCUUGGGUAAGGUCGCGAUGGGUUUGUAUGAUGAACCUGAGCCUGCUCCUGCUCCUGCUCCAUUUGUUGCUCCUGCUGCUGCUGCUGCUGCUACAACACCUGCAGAGGUUGGCAACCUAGGCGUUGAUCCCAAAGGAGCCGCUUCGAAUGCUCGAGAAGAUACCACCGGCACUCAGGUCACUCAUGUUCCUCCUAACGCCGACCCCUUUGGGCUUUUCGAAGGCGACGUGGGGUCUGGAACAUCCCCCCAACUUGCUACGGAAAGUUCGACAGAAAACAGACGGGAGAGCAUUCUCUCCCUCGAUCAGCUGCUCGACUUUGGUCUGAUGGACUCUGGGGUCCCUCUCGCCCUCACCAAGAGAUCCCAAGCUAGUGUGCCUACUCCAGCUCCAGAUGGCCUCAGUUUGCUCGAGCUGGGCGACAACUCGGAAAACGUCAAGCCUGUGCAAGAGGAUGAAGUGAAACUCGGCCCUGGUAAUGUGGACUCCAAAGGCGUUUGCAUUGACAUCGUUGAGGAAGAAGAUGAGGUCCAGCCGACUGCCUUCGAUAUGCUCAAUGAGAUAUUGAACGGCUAA